UAACGGCCCGCUAUAAAAGGGUGUGACGACAUUUUACAGUUAGAAGCAACCAAGUAGCGAACAAGGAAAGAAGCUACACAUUAAAAUUUAUUAACAUUCAAAAUGCGUGAGAUCGUGCAUAUGCAAGCAGGCCAAUGUGGCAACCAAAUCGGUGCUAAGUUCUGGGAAGUCAUAUCUGAUGAACAUGGCAUUGACCCAACAGGAACCUACCAUGGUGAUUCUGAUCUUCAGUUGGAAAGAAUCAAUGUUUAUUAUAAUGAAGCCACAGGAGGCAAAUAUGUUCCCAGAGCAGUACUUGUAGAUUUAGAACCCGGUACAAUGGACUCAGUGCGAUCUGGACCUUUUGGUCAGAUCUUCCGACCCGAUAACUUUGUGUUUGGACAAUCUGGUGCUGGUAAUAACUGGGCCAAAGGUCACUACACAGAAGGUGCAGAAUUAGUAGAUUCCGUUCUUGAUGUUGUGAGAAAAGAAGCAGAAAGCUGCGAUUGUCUACAAGGAUUCCAACUUACACAUUCUCUGGGUGGAGGCACUGGCUCCGGUAUGGGAACACUCCUUAUUAGUAAAAUUCGUGAAGAAUAUCCAGAUAGAAUCAUGAACACAUUCUCAGUCGUACCAUCACCAAAGGUAUCAGAUACAGUUGUUGAACCCUACAAUGCCACGCUCUCUGUGCAUCAGCUGGUUGAAAAUACAGAUGAAACCUAUUGUAUUGAUAAUGAGGCUUUAUAUGACAUUUGCUUCCGUACAUUAAAAUUAACCACACCCACAUAUGGUGAUUUGAACCAUCUAGUCUCCGCAACCAUGUCGGGUGUUACAACAUGCCUCCGGUUCCCUGGCCAGCUGAACGCUGAUCUCCGUAAAUUAGCCGUCAACAUGGUGCCAUUCCCACGUCUUCAUUUCUUCAUGCCAGGCUUUGCCCCACUCACAUCUCGAGGUAGCCAGCAAUACAGAGCACUUACAGUACCUGAACUUACUCAACAGAUGUUUGAUGCCAAAAACAUGAUGGCUGCCUGUGACCCACGUCAUGGUCGCUAUCUCACUGUUGCUGCCAUGUUCCGAGGGCGAAUGUCCAUGAAAGAAGUUGAUGAACAAAUGUUGAACGUCCAGAACAAGAAUAGUAGUUACUUCGUUGAAUGGAUUCCCAACAACGUUAAGACCGCCGUUUGUGACAUUCCACCAAGAGGUCUCAAGAUGUCCGCCACAUUCAUUGGCAACAGCACCGCAAUCCAAGAGCUGUUUAAGCGUAUCUCUGAACAAUUCACAGCUAUGUUCAGGCGAAAGGCUUUCCUCCAUUGGUAUACUGGUGAAGGUAUGGAUGAGAUGGAAUUCACAGAAGCCGAAUCCAACAUGAAUGAUCUGGUCUCUGAAUAUCAACAGUACCAGGAUGCAACAGCUGAGGAAGAAGGUGAAUUUGAUGAGGAAGAAGAGCAAGAAGAUGCUUAAAUAUAAACAUUUCUGCUUCAAUCUUAAACUACUCAAAUUGAAACUACGGCCAAGAAUCAAAAUGAAUGAAUAAAGUAACUAAAAAGAUA